AACAAAAGAAGCUAAUAUGUUCUACGCACGAUUUUUUUAAUUAAAGGUCGAUUAUUUAUGGCCUCGCCUUGUAGUUUAUUGAACAUUUCUUUGAACUCAAUUGUUCAUAAUCAUGUACAGUUGCUAUCUGAUGUCCGACUUUUACCGGGAAAUCUACAAUGCGACAUAUACAGACAGGUAAAAACUGCCCAUUCUUGCUAUUACAUAAUGCCCUCUUAGUAUGGUGUGAUGUAGUAUGUUUAUAUUAAAAGUAACUUGAUUUGUUUAUUUUGUAUCCCAUUUUAGAUGUACGAUUGUGGUCAUUUAAAACCGUUAGAAACGGAGCUUACUUGCUUUGAGAAUGUGACAAAAUUACUCAGGGCGAAUGAGAAAAGGUAUCUGUUUCUAUUUUGGUCUAACAUUUCCCCACCCAUAUAUAGUGACGAAAUAUUGUAUCAUACAUAUAUACACAAAGCUGUGCAAGUAGUUUAUGUGCAUAUAAACUCCUCUAAAAGCCUUGUUAUAUUUCGUAAUUUUUUUCAUCGAAAUAUCAGCAUUAUCUGGGCUGUUAUAUUGAAAGAAUGUCAGCCGACUGCCUCGUACUUCCAAUUUUAUAUGAUAGACACAGAUAAUUUAUAAUAGACACAGUAACCUAUAUUAUUAUACAUUGUAGUUGGUAAAAGCAAUUUGAUUGGUUAAGAGCUUACAGUUAAAUCACGCAAUCACGCAACCUACAGAAAAUUCAGUUAUCUGCUAGCAGAUAACUGAGUUAUUUGCAAAUGCAUGAUGCUGCGAUGAUUAGCAACCGGUAUCUAUUUUGAAUUCGGUUUUUGCGAUAUGCAAAAUUAUCAAGGUCUCGGUAAGCGUUAUCAGCCUCGUCUUCGGCUCAGCUGAUAACACUUACCUCAACCUUGAUAAUUAACAAUUAUUCGCUGAAGGCGAAGUGAUUAUCGGGGAAUAUUUGCCGAGGUGAAUAUUCUCUGAUAAUCACUGAGCCUGAGGCGAAUAUUUUUUUAUUAUAUUUUUUUGUGUUUUUCUGGUCUGAAAAUUUCUUUAUCACUAACUUCAAAAAAAAGGGCUAGCCGUCAUUUUGAAAAUUUCGAUUUUUGUUAUAUUUCACCUGUAGGUGAAUAUUCACCUGUAGGUGAAUAUAACAGAUUAAUACGUCAAAUUUGACCAAUCACCUUGCAGGAUUUGUUAUGUUCACUUGUGCAAAAAUACUAAUUAUGCAUAUCACAAAAACCUCAUCCAAUAAUUGUUAAAUAGACACAGAUAAUCUGAUUGGAUAAAGUGGCCAAAAAAGAUGGACCCAACUCAACUCAAUUUGUCAACAUUCCCUGCGAAAGGAAACCUGAGUACCCAGGGAAAACAGAUUCUAAUUCACAUAAGUGUCAUGUGUAGCCCUAUAGCUUGAUCCUUAAAGGGAAAUGCAAUUGACUAUACUAUUGUUCCCAGUGAACUGCGAAACGACUGGUUUUUUAGGCGCUUUGUCAGUAACAGUUUUGUCUAUUACGAAGGACAUAUUUGUAUACCUCGUGAUCACAAUUCGUUGCAAGGGGUGUGUGAAAAACUGCAAGUUUCAGUUUGACAGUUAAAUGGUUUCUAAUUUUAUUGUCCAAUCAGAUGCAUAGUUUUGAAUUUUAAAUCAAAACUACGCACCUGAUUGGAGAAUAAAAUUAGAAACCAUUUAACUGUCAGAACUGUCAAACUGAAACUUGCAGUUUUUCACACGCCGCUUGCAACGAAUUGUGAUCACGAGGUACACAAAUAUGUCCUUCUUAAUUGACAAAACUGUCACUGACAAAGCGCCUAAAAAAAGGGUUGUUUUGCAGUUUACUGGGAACAAUAGUAUAUGCGACAGGGAUGCCGGAACAUCACGCAAGGCAAGAGGGUGGCAGAUUUUUGUAAUGGGGCACUUUUCAACUUGGUUCAUAAAUUUCGAUUUUGCCCCCCCCCCCUUCCCCUUCCCCCUGAAAAUGCCUGAAAAGCUGUGAACCACUGAUAUGGACAUUACGAUUGAUGAAAAGAAACUUUAUUUUAUUAAUAUUCCAGUUUAAUCUGGAUUACACCUAUCUACAUCCAAUUUUAGAAAGCUUGAAAAAAUCACCAUCCGAGCCUUCGUACAUCACCAACCUUUGCGUAACCAUCCUUCGCACAACCAACCUUAUGUAUAGAAUUUAUUAUAUUUCCAUUUUUAGGUUAUUAUUGUAUAAACCUUUACAAUAUCUACAUGACAAUGGUAUAAAUGUUGCUGUUACUUUGUAUGAGGAAUAUAGUUGUCAGGUCCGACAGUUUAUGAAAAUGGAAGAUUGGGAUGUAUGUAAGAAAAUGAUUCCAAUGGGUAUAUCAUUAGGUAAUGUUAACAUAAUUUUCUUCAUAGUUUUUAUACUCUACAGAUAUAGGAAUACAGUAUACUAUAUUAAAUAUUGUGGUUAUGAAUAUUGAAUGUUGAAGUAACAAUAUUCCGCUUCUACUCCUGAGAUUAAUAAUUUUCCCAAACCAAAUCAGCUCCCCCAUAUGGCCCACCCCCUCCCUCUAAAUGAGUGCCUUCAUAUAAUUUUCUUGAUGACUUUAUGUGUUUAUAUCUAAUUGUCUAUUUUGAUAUUUUUGCAGGUAAUCUAUUUUUAGAGAUGGGAUGGUUUUACAAGGCAGAUAACAUGUUUUACUGUAUUCUUCAACUGUGCAAAGCAUUAACUCCAACACCAUACAAGAUGAUCUUGUUAUGUCACACAAGGUACUUAUUUUAUAAAGUAUGUCGUUGUGGCUUGAAACUUCAUGGUUUCAGAACUUGUUAAAAGUGAGUCUGAGUGUGUAUCCACACCGGGCAAGCUUGAAAAAUAUGCCUGGCCAUGGUGGUAAUUGAACCUACGACCUUUGGAAUACUUGGCCAAUGCUCUGCCAACUGAGCUACACGGUCAGGUCGGUUCGAGUAUGUGAAUUUAUUUCAGAACUGAGUCUAGUUCCAUCGAUAUCUAUGUAAUCUAAUAAUCUAAUUGUUAAAACCGUAUGUUGACAUUCAACUGAAUGAUUAUUUGUUAUUAAUUAACUUUGUUUAUUGUUGUUCAUCCAAAUUUAAAUACUAAUGCAAAUAAUGUUGUCGCAAUAUGUUACAUCAGAUGUAAAUUUAUGUGACGUUAAAAAUGACGCAAUUAUUUACGUGACAUACAUUUAUGUGACGUAAUGUUGUGUAACGUAAAAGACAUAUAACGUAAAUUUAUACGAUGAUGAGUACGCAAAUUUCAUUGACGUUAUUAAUAAAGAGAACGUAAAUUUUCGUGAUGGAAAAAGAAAUGAAGUAACUUACAUGACGCAGAAAGGGAAAAUGACGUCAUUUAAUAUGGCAUGGAAAUUAAGUAUGUUACUGUACAGAAUAAUUUCAUUGUUGUAGAUUGCUUCAUAUAAGAACAGGGAACUGUCAAUUUUCCGCUGCCAAAGACUCGUACGAACAAGCAGUUGAACUUGCCAGCCAGUUGGAAAGUUCGUCCUGUAUUCCUGUCAGCUGGAUUCCAAUUUCAUUGGGAAAAUGUCAGUUGUUGUUUGCAAUGAACCAUUACAGAGAGGUAGUGUAUGUCUGAAUGAUGUAGUCAUUAUUAUACAAUGUGCCUUGCAAGACUAAUGUCACAAUGCAUAUUUGUUAGCUUCUGCCAUUUAGCAAGGUUUUCACUUGUUUCCAACCAUCAAGCUGACAUUACAUCAUUUUAUCAAUUUUUCAAGUUGAUUCUUUUUGGAUUUUCUUGAUUAACCCUUUAAGUGUUGCUGCACCCAGAUGCGCCCUACUUUAUUAUUUUACUUUGUCUAAUUAUGCCAGAUUAUUUUACUCUGUCUAAUAUAUAACAUAAGAUGAUUUUACAAUUUACUCGUCAUGGUGAGUGUGCUGCCACUCAAUGAGUUAAUUUGGUUAGGGUUGGGGGUUAGGGGUUAACAAUGAUGUCAAUAAUGUCAGUUUGGUGGUUAGAAAUGAGUACUGACCAAUAUAUGUUUUUUCUUUUGAAUUCAACCAGGCAUAUCAAGACUGUUUGAAGUUGCUAACGAAUGUCAAUUCUCAGCUUUCAGUUAAAGUAUGAAAUGAAACGUUUCUCAUCAAUUUGUUCUAUGUACAAUAUACCAAAUGAAUUUUUCUGAUUUUUAUUUUUUCAAUGUUACAGGUGAUUAUUGAUAUCUUAAGGAUAUCAUCAAAGGUUGCAAUAUGUUUUUUGUUAUUUAUGAAUUAUUGAAUGAUGACGAGCAUGAUUAUGUGGUUUCAUAACAAUGUUCUAAACUGACUUAUAUACAGUAUGUAUUCCAUUCCAUUUCUAGGCAUGUGUUGUUAAAAGAAAGUACAGAAAGGCAGAGUAUUUGAUAACACAUGCAGUUGAGCUUGCAAAGUAAUUUAUUUAAGUAUUAUUAGUCGUAUUUUUCAAUAAGUAAUUCAUAAAUUGAUACAGUAUAGUAUAUAUUAACUCUGUGAUGAUGCAAUUCUUGCAACGUGGCCAAUUUUGACCAUUCAUGCGUACAUAUUUCUAGACAACAUUUUGGCGACCAACAUCGAACAUAUGCUGAUAGUUUGGUUGACUAUGGCUUUUACUUGUUAAAUGUCGACUCUGUGGAUUCCGCUGUAAAAAUAUAUCAGGUUUGUGAAGUCUACAAUCAUUGACAAAAAAAGCUUUUGGGCCGAUAUUGACUGAUACCUCUUCAUUCCUUGUAACCAUUUAAUGUAUCAAAAGUUAACGCUGUUGCAUUAAGUUGCCUAACCUUGUUAUUUCAGAAUGUGUUAGACAUUCUACAAAAUCUAUUUGGUGAAAACAAUCUAUGUGUGGCAAUGGUACACGAGGAUUUAGGCUAUGCCUCGUACGUCCAGGAAUACAGCAGUGGAGAGUUUGAAAAUGCUAGGUAUGAGAUGUAUUGUAGGUACCUUUACUGUAAUUCAGCCUAUAAUUCAGUCGUUAUUUGAUAUUGCUGCCUAGUUUGCCUUGACUGGUGACGUCAUAAGUGGUGGAUGCCUUGAGUGGUGACGUCACACCUUGAGUGGCGACGUCACAAGUGGUGACGUCACAGCUUCAUUUUUAGGUUGCCUUCAGGUACUCCAGCUUGCAGCUAUAGUGACACUGGAUAAAUGAAGGAUUGGCCUUAUUGGACCUCUGGGGUGGAUAAUUUAUAGCUGAUAGUUAUCCAGUACAAAUAAAUUUAGAUGUAAUAUGAAAGUAAAAAGUAAAUAAUUAUAUUUCAUAAAUUUGUUAUUUAGACACCAUGCUCAGAUGGCCAUUGACAUCAUUUCAAGACAUCUACCAGAAGAUCAUUUGUUACUGGCUUCAUCAAAGCGAGUAAAAGGUAUUUUAUACUAUAUACUCAUAGUCAAUAUUCCAGGAUCUUUGAUGUCAUAUGAAACACUUCAGUAUAGUAACGCCCCUAACGUAACCGUCUUUCUCUCUAGCUCUAGUUUUGGAAGAGAUCGCCAUUGACAGAGAUUUGGAGGAAGAGAAACUUGACGAGGCUCAAAACCUUCAUUUAGCAUCGCUUCUGCUAGCAAGGUAGAUUUGAAAAUUUGGCCUCUUAAACAGUCUUGCCCUUUUGUACAAUGUCAAUGUACACGCAAGGUUUUCAGUGAUAAAGGGAAAUGCUGUGAACAUAGAUGAACCUGCUCGAUUUUUUUAUUAUCAUAGGCAAGCGUUUGGAGAAGACAAUGUUCAGAUAGCGAAACAUUUUGGGAAUCUUGGCAGACUCUAUCAGUCCAUGAAAAGAUACGGCGUAAGUAUUGAUUGCCGUAUAACCAUAUAAGCGCCAUGCGUGUAACUAAUCCUUUAAUGACGUGUGUUUCAAAAAAUAUGUUAGCUAACAAAUCCCCAACUGUUCAUAGGAAGCUGAAAAGAUGCAUCAAAGAGCUAUAGAAAUCAAGGAACGAUUACUGGGCAUAGAGGUACGGUGGCGUUUGGAUUUGUUUUGUAUAUGUUAGACCUAGACAUUUUCUGGAAAAAUAAGCUAACUCACUUUUACGCCCUAUUGGUUGGUGUUUGAACUAUGGCUGAAAAAGAUUAAACUUACUUCGACAUUUCCUCCUGAGCAGGGACUUUCUAUCGAAACGUCUCGAAUCUUCUGUCAUGUAGUUCAUGUUGGUAUAUUCACCAUGUUAUAGGACUACGAAGUGGCGUUAUCGCUGGGUCAUUUGGCGUCGCUUUAUACGUACGACAUGAACAUGUUCGAUAAGGCUGAAGAGUUGUAUAUUCGCUCCAUUGCCAUUGGUAAGUUGGAUUUUUUUGGAGGGGGCAACCGGGGUUCGAUUCUAAACCCAAUAUGCAGUUGUCUAGCUAUUUUACUUCAGUCCACAUGUGAGAAGAUUCCACGAUUCUUCCAAAUACUGCAGGCUUUCUCGGAUUUUGUGUGCACUGCCAAUAUCCAGAGGCCAAUAUCUAACAAUACACCCUUUCGAUAAUUACGUCACAACUACACUGUUUUCCACUUAGGACCACCUUAAAUGGAAAGGAUUUCAAGUUUUUUUCUCAUGGGCUAUGCACAGGGAAGCAGAACAUUCUUCUUCAACACGUGCAUGAAAAAUAAUUCUUUAUUUUGACCAAUAAAUGUGGAAAUAAGCUCUAGCACGAAAACGAGGCUCGUUUUCGUGUUAAUGCUUAUUUCUAUAUUUAUUGAUCAAAAUCCAAAACUUUUUUCAUGCAUGUGUUGAAGAAGGAUGUUCUGCUUCUCUGUGCAUAGCCCAUGAGAAAAAAAAAACUUGAAAACCUUUCCAUUUAAGGUGGUCCUAAGUUGAAAACAGUGUAGUUGUGACGUAAUUAUCGAAAGGGUGUAUUACUUGAUUUAUGAAGAUACCAUUCCUUCCUUGUAGGCCGCAAACUCUUUGGUGAUGGUUACAGUGGACUAGAAUAUGACUACAGAGGUUUAAUUCAUUUGUAUAAAAGUACAGGUCUGUAUUGCACCAAAACAGUUCUGCCGAGUGCCGUAUUAAACUGAGCCUCGUUUACAAUGGGAGCGGCCAUCAACAGUCGUCUAUUCUCGUAUUCGUUUAAGCUUGUAUUACAAGACUACAUUUUCCUUUGUCGGUAUCGCUUUUGCUGACGAAAGUGAUAAUAGAUCCAAACGAAAAAAGAACAAGUUGACCAAAGAAAAAGUCUCUUGACGCGAAUAAAUUUGCCUAGUGGAAAACGGGCUUAUACUUGCAGGUUUUUUUUCAGGAUUUUCUCUUGGGUCCGUUUUUGCAGAGAAGAUUGAGUUUAGCUGAACAGAUGGGGCGGUUGCACCCCGAGAAGAUUGAGUUUAGCUGAACAGAUGGGGGUGGUUGCACCCCCCCCCCCCUACCGGGGGGCUGACACGUGUACUCAAUAAAUGUAGUUGAGACGGAAUGUGUUAAAGCAGAGGCACUGAGGGACACUAUAAACUGGUUAAAGAUGCCGAAUGCAUAGUUUUUCUUGUGUUGUGAGAUGAAUUCCAGCCAUUUUUUCUUAAUUGUCGGGUUUCCAACUGAAAACUAAUUUCCACACGUCACGAAUUUAACUCAAACAACUUCAUUUUUACUGCACUGAAACUUUGGUGAGAAGAUUGAGUUUCAAAACUCAAUUCAAGAUUGAGUUUUUGGGACCGUUUAACGGCCCUAAAAAAUCCCGGAAAAAAAGCCUGACUUGAGAAUAACUAGUAAGAAUGUUUCUAGUUUCGUAUUAAUCUGACACUGCAGAGCCAGAGAACAACAAAAAUUUCGUUGUCUCGAAAUUUGUCAUGCGAGACAAAAACUGUGAAUAAUUUGUGGCCCCAGGGGUAUUCUCAACGACUUUGUCAUGCUCAGCACAACGUUAAACUAAGCAUUAUCACGUCUUUGAAGCAACGUGAAGACUUAUUGCGACCUAAGAGGUGCUACUUAAAGUCGAAAUUACAACAAACUUUGCAUCGCUUUAGUCGAACUUCGCAGUUUGUACAUUCUAAGGUUUCGUGAUAGUUAAUAGACCUUUCCCCUUAUGAGUGAAAUUUUGAUCUAGACAAGCCUGGACAUAAAUUUCAUCACAGCUUGAAAGAGCAUCACUAAAUUAGUAAUAUUCCGAAGUUUCGUUGCAAAAUGUUGUAAAAUGCGGAUAAUAUAGCCUUGCGAAGUUUGCCGUUUUUCAGUCAUUUUGCAUUACAAACGGAAAAUUGAUAAUCAGAUGAUCAAACUGAUAACUGAUUAUCAAUUUCCCAUUCGUAAUGCAAAAUGACUGAAAAACGGCAAACUUCGCAAGGCUAUAUUAUCCGCAUUUUACAACAUUUCGCAACGAAACCUCGGAAUAUUACUAAUUUUGUGAUGCUCUUUCAAGCUGUGAUGAAAUUUUUGUCCAGACUUGUGUAGAUCAAAAUUUCACUCAAAAGGGGAAAGGUCUAUUAAAGCUGGUCAGAAUAAUCUGUAACUAGUUUCUCCUAUCUCUGAGGAUGGUUUUGAAAUAAGAUUGUUUCUUACAGGUAAUUACGAAGCGAUGUUGAAUUACAGUCACAUUUUGGAAAGAUGGCAUGACCUCAGGGAGAACAGAGCCGCUUCAGAGCUAAACUUAACUGUUAAAAACCAUCAAAAACCCACAGAGAAAAUAAUUCAAGAAUUUUUUACCCUUGAAGUAGAACUGAAUGGGCUGUAAAUCAAUGGGACAAAAUGUCCCCCCUCCCUCCGAUAGGGGGGUGGGAAUGGGCGGGGAUCUGAAUAUGAACUGACAAAUUGUUUGUCAAUAAAUAUAUAUUUAAAUAUUUGUACAUAAAGGAAUAUAUCUAAAGUAGGUAUUUUGUACAAAGAAAGUUGUGAAUGGAUGGAUUAACCGACUAAAAUACAUAGUAAUAUUUUCUAUCUAAUGGUGUAAGUGUAGAAUGAGUGUUCAAUGGACCAUUCGGUCCAUUCCCCAAUUAAUUAACCAAAAUUAAUUAACUCAACAAGUCUAGACAAAAAUUUCAUCACAGCUUGAAAGAGCAUCACAAAAUUAGUAAUAUUCCAAAGUUUCGUUGCAAAAUGUUGUAAAAUGCGGAUAAUAUAGCCUUGCGAAGUUUGCAAUUUUCAGUCAUUUUAGAUUACAAACUGGGAAAUGGUUACCACUUCUGUGCGUAAUACAAAAUGACUGAAAAUUACAAACUUCGCAAGGCUAUAUUAUCCGCAUUUUACAACAUUUCGCAACGAAACUUUGGAA